CCCUCCGGGCCGCUCCGGCCCCUGCUCCCUUCAUGUGUCCCGGCCCGCGGCGGCCGGCGGCUGGGAGCGGCGAGGCGGCUGAGAGCGGCGGCCGGCGAGACCCGGGAGGUGGUGGCCGAGGCCCAGGCGGCGGCGGCGGCGGCGGAGGCCGAGGAGGCGGCGGACGGGAAGCGGCGGGAGCAGGCCCGGCCCGGCCCUCGGGCGGCCGCCGGCUGCAGCAUGCGCGUCCGCCGGGGGCUGCUGCGGCUGCCGCGCCGCUCGCUGAUCGCCGCGCUCUUCUUCUUCUCGCUCUCGUCCUCGCUGCUCUACUUCGUCUAUGUGGCGCCCGGCAUAGUGAACACCUACCUCUUCAUGAUGCAAGCUCAAGGCAUUCUGAUCCGGGACAACAUGAGGACAAUAGGUGCUCAGGUUUAUGAGCAGGUGGUUCGGAGCGCUUAUGCCAAGAGGAAUAGCAGCGUAAAUGACUCAGAUUAUCCUCUUGACUUGAACCACAGUGAGACCUUCCUACAAACCACCACUUUUCUUCCUGAAGACUUCACCUACUUUGCAAACCAUACCUGUCCCGAAAGGCUCCCUUCCAUGAAGGGCCCAAUAGACGUAAACAUGAGUGAAAUUGGAAUGGAUACCAUUCAUGAACUCUUCUCCAAAGACCCAGCCAUCAAGCUCGGAGGUCACUGGGCACCUUCCGACUGCGUGCCCCGAUGGAAGGUGGCAAUCCUCAUCCCCUUCCGGAACCGCCACGAGCACCUCCCCGUCCUGCUCAGACACCUGGUUCCCAUGCUGCAGCGCCAGCGCCUGCGGUUUGCAUUUUAUGUCAUUGAGCAAGUUGGCACCCAACCCUUUAAUCGAGCCAUGCUUUUCAAUGUCGGUUUUCAAGAAGCAAUGAAGGACUUGGACUGGGACUGUCUUAUUUUUCAUGAUGUGGAUCACAUACCUGAAAGUGAUCGUAACUACUAUGGAUGUGGACAGAUGCCAAGGCAUUUUGCAACUAAAUUGGAUAAAUAUAUGUAUCUGCUUCCUUAUACUGAGUUCUUCGGCGGAGUGAGUGGCUUAACAGUGGAACAAUUUCGGAAAAUCAAUGGCUUUCCUAAUGCUUUCUGGGGUUGGGGCGGAGAGGACGACGACCUGUGGAACAGAGUACAGAAUGCAGGCUAUUCUGUGAGCCGGCCGGAAGGUGACACAGGGAAGUACAAGUCCAUUCCUCAUCACCAUCGAGGAGAAGUCCAGUUUCUGGGAAGGUACGCUCUGCUGAGGAGGUCCAAAGAGCGGCAAGGGCUGGACGGCCUCAACAACUUGAACUACUUUGCAAACAUCACAUAUGACGCCUUGUAUAAAAACAUUACUGUCAACUUGACACCUGAGCUGGCUCAGGUGACCGAGUACUAAGAGGAGGAGGGAAUGUGUGUUGCUUUACCCACCACCACCAAGAAAGCGGCCUGAUGUGUGGAGAUGUCUUGGGGCUCCACACGGGAUGGGAAUUAGAAGAACGGUGUCUAAUGAAGGAUCACAGGGUUCAAGGAAAACUGUGAACAGAGUGCACGCACAAAACCUUCGCUGUUUGGACCCACUGGGAUCGAGGGAGUCCGCUCAGGAACUCCUUUCAUCAGGACUGCUUUCUGUUUUCACAAGACAGACGUCUGUCCUGCUGCUCUUCUCCCCGUCUCCUCCCCGACGUCCAUCUUAGCCACAAUCUCCAGAACCGGAACUGUGACCCGCCGUGGACCUGCCCCAGAGCCUGUCCCACGAAUGGCCUUUGGAGCUUCUUGGCCUUCAGAGGAAAGAGGCGGACAAACGCACCGCGGGGCAGCUGUGUCUUAGGAAGAGCAAAUGAGACUCCACACACCAUCUCUGGUGUCCUCUUCGGUUUCAUUUUUUUUAAAUUACCUGCUUUGGGUGGGGAUCGAGGGUAGAGGGGGGGGAUUGGGGAAGAUAAAUAGACAUGUAACAAUCACUUCUUGAAGAAGUAUAAUUGUAAAUAAGCCAUGUAAAAUGCCUUUUUUAAAUUUAAUUUUAUAGCUGGCUUCAAUUCAAACUGAGGAUUUAUCUUAUUAGAUCAUUAUUUGGUUGGCAACUGCAGGAACUCCGUUAAAAUGCUGUGGAAGAAUAUAUCUCCCAAAUUGCUGUCACUUUGGAAGGGAGUGGACUUAGGGCGCGUCACAAAAGAACAAAACAGUCCAGUCUUUGUCACUGGCACCUACUUCUGCCCCGCCCAGCCCCUUCUCCCAAGGUCUUGCUCUUGAUUCCCUCCCCUGUUGGGCACGGACAUGCUCUUCCCAAUCUUUUGCUGAACAGGAGGUUGCUGUUUUACAGCAGGCGCUCCCUCUGCUCAAAGCAAGCCCUUGGGGGGGGGGGGGGGCGCUGCUCUCACCGGGCACACGGCCACCCACGGGCCCCUGCACUUUGUUUCGUUCUUUCAUCAUCAUCAAGAGAAGAGGAUGAGUGGUGUCUCCCCUCCCCAUCCUCCCACCCUUACAUUUUUUUUCCCCUCUUGAGGAACACGACCACAAUUUCUAAAAUCUGUGCCUAAAUUACCAACUAGCGACCAGCCAGUGAUCCCUCUGAAUAUUUCCUUUACUGAUUUCUGGAAAGAUUCUUUGUCAACAUUAUGUGUCGUGGGUCAGCUGGGAUCCAGGUUAGACCAAAUCAGAGCUUUAAAUUGGACUAGCAAAGCCAGGGUGCAGGAGUCACGUGGGCUGUUCACACCCCAUGUGCUUUUGGAAGUCAGAUUCUAAAUUGCAUUUGAAUUUGUGCCUCCCUGUUUUUGCCCUGAGCCAAAUCCCUCAAUUCACAGUCCCGGUUGACUUCUGCAGAAUUUUGAAAAAUGCCAGUUUCCCCCCCUCCCUUUCCAUAAAACAUAUUUAUAAAUCGUGAUUGGGAGUACUUUCUGAAGAGUACUUCAUAUUUUUUUUAAUUGCCUUGUUUGCCUUCAACUUCCUUAAUUUCAUGGUUUACAUGGAUGUGUGUGUAGGGGUAUAUUUGUAUACAUGUGUGGGUUGGGGUUUUCUCCAUUGCAUGUGUUGGUUCCAUGGACGUAUGAUCCCCACAAGCUGUGGGAGUGAUUGGCCAGGCCUUGUUUUUGUUAAUGUUUUUGUUCUUUUGAAGAAUAGAGUGGUAUUUAGAAAAUCAGUUGCUCUUAUCGGCUCGUAUGAGAGAGCAGGCUGCUGCCCUUGAAAAUGCUGGUAAGCUGUAUCAUAUGUUUUAAAAGAAUUUGAGAAUUUCAUGCUUUAAAAGACCUUCACGAGGGAACAUUACACACAGUUCAUUUGGUUUUCCUUUGAUGUAUGGUGCAUAUAGCAAUAAAGACUACUUUCCCGCUCACCCCUCACUCCCCCCACCCCCGACCCCGAGACCUCUGUGCUGGCCUUGGCUUCUCACCCUUCCCAUUCCCCUUCCCUCAUCCGUCACUGAAGGCCGAGCUGCUCUCAGUGUGACAAAACUAGGAUGCCGUUUGGCAGAACUGGCCAAGACAGACUGCCGGGCUGCUGGCAGUGUUCUAAAGUGAUCUUCUUUGAAGCUUUUUUUAUUAAUGUCGUUACAGCCAGGAACCAAAUGUUGGUAAAAGGCUGACACCUGACUUAAAAAAGAAAAUGCUGGAUUGAGGACAAAAAGGAAAGGUCUCAUGAAGUGGGGUCGCUUAAAUUAUCUUGCAAUCACGUGUAAGUUUGUAUUAUUAGUGUGAACUCUUAUUGUGUGCUGUUAGUCAUUUAUCCACCGCGUUGAGUCUUGUGUGGGAAACUAAAAUGUUAAAAACACACAGCUGGGCCUGAGUGCUGUUAAUGGUAUGAAAUUCUCAUGUCAAAAAAGAAAAGGAACAAUAAGAACCAAAUGUGACCUUGUGCAUAUUUUGGCAGCUGAAUUAGUUAAGGCUACUGAUGGGUGACCCCUUACAUCAUUCUUGUCUUUGAUUACUGAGUACAGGGAAAGGUUUUCCUUUCACACUCUGGGGUGUUUUUUUUUGGGGGGGGGGGGCGGUGUUACUUGCAAAAAUAUUCAUUUCGACAUUACAGGGACUCUAGUAAGAGCUCCUCUAUCGCAGACAUUAAUAGCUGAGCAACAGCCACAUGUAUUGAUUGUAUCCACUCACCAUUGACGAUGACAUUGAACGUAGCUAGCUUAUUUCCAUCACUACGUUUUUUUGAGCUUGCUCUUAUGUUUUAAGAGGUGCCAGGGGUACAUUUUUGCACUGAAAUCUAAAGAUGUUUUAAAAAACACUUUUCACAAAGAUAGUCCUUUGUCAUUACAUUAUUUACUCAUGUGUUUGUACAUUUUUGUAUGUUAAUUUAUGAAUGAUUUUUUCAGUAAAAAAUACGUAUUCAAGAACCAAA